CUAGCUGCCGCGUCGGUUGCCUUGUCCUACAGAGCCGCAGACACCAGCCAACCCAAGCCACCCAAGCCAAGCCCCCAAGCUAACCGAUUCUUGACGUGCCCGAGGAAACAAACUUCAUUCCAUGCGUGUAACCUCCGGAACAAAAACAAUGCUUCGGUUCGUCGUGCUACUACUCAGCUGCGCCUCGACCUGUCACAGCUUGGAAUGCUACGUUUGCGACAGCCAGGACGAGAACAACGCCAAGUGCACGCAGACCAUCAAAACCUGCGAUCCGACCCAUACACGCUGCCUGACGGAAGUUCGCUGGGGCAGCACACCGUACUGGGCCCCUUCCGGUGAAAAGCAGUACUACAUCAGCAAAGAAUGCGCAUCCGAGAAGUGGUGUGGCGAGAAGAUUGCCUCGUACCGAUACCGCUGUGACCGCAUCUGGUACAAUGACUGGGAGUGUGCGGAAUGCUGUACCGGCGACCGCUGCAACUACUAUGUGACGCUUGGCGGUUCGAGAGUCUGGCCUAUCACCUGGUUGUACCUGGUCACCUGCGCCCUCGGCAUCCACGUCUUCUUCCGGGGCUUGUGACGUCGUUGCAUCAGCCUGGGGGGGAGUCGAGACAAUGCCGGAUUACGCCGAUCCGCGGCGACACCUACAGCCAAGACGUGACCGGCAGGUGUUAAGAGCGUCGGGGGGACUGAGGCAACGUGUUGGGCCGAUUCUUCGGCAGUGCGUGCCGAUAUGGGUCCUGUUUGGACACUCGAGAGUUGCACCCACGGGAAGUCGAUUUGCAUCUAUGGCGUAUCGCCCCCAAAAACAAGCGGUGCUUCUUUUCACCGCAAGAAAAAGCUAUGCAUUACCUAACGCUCAUUCUGCGCCCAAAUGUAGAGCUAGCGGUUUGAACCCGAUAUAGAAGUUUCAGAAGUAACCGUUAUCUCAAUCAAAAGUUGCGAGUGGUUUUCUGAAAACUUAGUUGGGAAAAUCGGGCUCAUUUUCGCCCGUUUUUGGUUACUGCCGCCAUAGAGCUUCACGUAUUCGAGAGCUCUUCCCAUUAUUUUCCCAUUAUUAAUUUCGGAAAAUCGCUUAUAACUUUUGAAUGAGAGUGGUUAGUUCUGACCGCUAGCCCUACAUUUGUGCAGAGAACGAGCGUUCCGCAACGCAUAGUUUAUUUUUGCUGUAAGAAAAAACGCCGUAAAUUACCCGUAGAGCCGCCAUUCCCUUCCCCAAUUUUCUUACAGGCGCCGUCAUUUUGGUGCCCACUGCAGGUUGGGUGCAAUCAGCGAUUGUUACAAUUCGAAAAUGAGACUUCAGAAUAUUUUGGGUGCGGUGUCGGGGAGGUGCGGGCAACACCGUUUCGUUCUGUCACAGACCGUUUUAACAUUCCAGAAGGUCGGAGAAGCGUUUCCUCAGAGUUUAGGUUGAGCUUCAGAUAACUGGCAACAAUAAUUUUAAGCGACGAGAUGGCUGAGGUGUUGUUACUCAGAAGCGUGGCUUACUUAGGCGCUACGUAGCCACCGACAAUGGGAAUGGCGGGGCAUUUCUUUUCCAUGCCUAGCCUCUAGCACGCGCCCACUGAAGUUUACAGAAUGCAGAGUGGGGCCCGGGACAAAAAAAAAAAAUAAACGCAAAGUUACAGUACUGAAAUUCGGAACUCAAAGGUUAGACGAAAUUGUUAAAAACUGGCUCUCCGAACGACGAUACUGGAUCAAAUCGAGGCACGUUCAAUCGGGGGCCGCUUCCUGGCAUUUUACGUGUUGCCAGAUGCGAGGGCAAGUCCAUCGGACCGUUUUUGUUUCGACUAGUAAGAGCCUGUUUUCACGCUACGCCUUACGCCGUUGGAUGUUUCGCGGCGCCGUCGAAUGUUUCUGCGGCCAGAUUGACCGCAGCAUGCCGCUAGAACUCGUUAGAAAGA